GCUAGUUUUCCUCUUAGUGUAAUUUCAUUCCAGGGAAAGGGAAGCAAAAUGUCUGCCGAAGGCACCAGAUCGGUGGACAAGAAACCUCGCGAUACCGCCUUCAAACAACAACGGCUGCCGGCAUGGCAGCCCAUCAUGACCGCAGGGACCGUCCUGCCCGCCUUCUACGGCGUGGGGCUGCUCUUUAUCCCCAUCGGCAUCGGUUUGUUGGUCACGUCUAACAACGUCCAGGAGAUAGUGGUGGAUUACACCAACUGUAAGGCGUCAGGUGCUAACCAGACGUGUGCGCAGGUGGUACAGAACGUGAGCAGCCCGGGGACGUGCGUGUGUCAGGUGGACUUCACCAUCAGUACCGACAUCACCGGCAGUGUCUACAUGUACUACGGACUCACCAACUUCUUCCAGAACCACCGCAGAUACGUCAAGUCACGCGAUGAUGACCAACUCUUGGGGAUGAAGCAAACCAAGUCGAGUCUGAACACUGACUGUAAGCCAUAUGAUGGGGAAACCAUCAACGGUACCUUCAUGCCGUAUGCACCAUGUGGGGCCAUCGCUAACAGUCUCUUCAGUGAUACGCUGACCCUGUCCUACGGCAGCACUCCCGUGGGACUGAUCAACACCGGCAUCGCCUGGUGGACGGACAAGAACGUCAAGUUCCGCAACCCGACAGGGAGCAGCCUGCAAGAUGCCUUCUCAGGCACUUUGAAGCCCAAGUACUGGCAGAGCCCCGUGUACGAGCUGGACUCCAACAACCCCGACAACAACGGGUACCUGAACGAAGAUCUCAUCGUCUGGAUGCGGACCGCGGCGUUCCCCACAUUCCGUAAGCUGUACCGGCGCGUGAACCACACCGACACCUUCCAGGACGGUCUCCCUGCUGGGAACUACACCCUGACUGUGGACUACAAAUACCCUGUGACGGCGUUUGACGGCACCAAGCGAAUGAUCCUGAGUACCGUAUCGUGGCUCGGAGGGAAGAACAGCUUCCUGGGUAUCGCGUACAUCGUGGUGGGCUGUAUCUGUCUGGUGGUCGGCCUCGUAUUCACCAUCAUACAUAUCAAGUAUGGGAAAAAUGAGGAUGGUGAACUGGCCAAACUUGUAGCCCAACAACGAUUAGGUACCAUUUCUGCUGCAGAGAGACAAUGACAUCUGACAACCUGACAUGACAGACUUGGGAACUGGAAUGUAAAGAAGAAAUGAAUUAGAGGAACAACUACAUGUGAACACCCCUAUGUAACAAGUAGAGCAGUCCAACUUAACAACAAGUAACCAAUCAGCAAGAACAAUUAUGGAAUUGCAUAAAUGUCAUGGGGGUAUUAUUUCCUUUUGUGAUAAUGAAAGAUUAUCAGUAGAAACUGCACUGUUUUUUUGUGUGUGUGAAAGGCUGAACAAGUAGACAUUAUAAUUAUAUAUUAGCCAGCAAUCAUUUGUGCAUUUGUUGAUAGUCAUGCAAAUACUUAGUAGUAGUUGUACAUAUCCUAGCCCUUUUAAAAGCUGGAAUUUUAGUCAUACAUGUACAUGUAAUAUGAUCUGUAUAUUGUGAGAUAAAAACAUGAUUCUAGUCUGCUAAGAGAUUAAAUUUUUAAGUAAUUUGGUGAUGUUAAUCUAUUAUACACAUACGUGUAUAUGGUGCAAUAUUGAAUGUACAACCAGUUUUUUUGUUACACGUAUACUAGUACAUGUAUGUAUUAUCUAGUAUGUUUGGUUGGAAGGUACAAUGCAGUGGAAAAGAAAAUUAUCAUAAGAAAAUGUAGAAGGAAGGCAGCAUUUUGAAGAUAAUCCAGACUUGUUUAGUGUAUUAUAGAAUACCAUAAAUACAAUAUACAGAAACUUCUCUACAUGCACUCUUUUAUUUUAGUGCUCCCAUACAUGUAUGCAUUUUAUAUCUUCUUUUCGGAAGGUGUCCUCUGGAUGCAUGUUUCAAAGACCUUUAAUAUAGUUACCUUUUCAAAAGACCACAGUUUGUGAACAAGAACCUACAUUGUGCAAUGACUGAUUUUUAAAACACUCAAACAUUAUAAAGAUCAAAAUUCAGAGAUAUACAUGUAUUUAUUGUUACUAAGUCUUACUGUAUGUACAUGCAUGUUGUUCAUGCAGUUUUGAAAAAGUUUGCUGUAUUGAAGUUAGAUUUUAUAUCUUUUUCCUUUGUCAAACAUCAAAUUCAACAGUUAUAGAAUUGAGAAGUCCACCGUGAGAAAUCUGAGAUGACUGCAGUCUGUUAUGCGAUAUUGGUCGGUAGUUUUUAUUUCAUUUUCCAUUUGAUAUCAAGAACAUUCCGUAGUUCAUGUAAGUCAGAACAGAAUUCCCAAAUUGUGAAAGAUGUCAUCCUAGGAAUGGGGAGAUAUAUGUUAAAUAUGUGUGACGCCGAUUGUGACUCAGAAAGAUGCAAUUUUCUCAGUUUACCAUGUAGAUUUUACCACAGGUGCAGUACUGUGCCAUUUUUUCCAUGUUGUAUGUUUAUUACAUGUUUGUAGUAUGAUAGCUUUUCCAUACUUAAGGUUGUUCAAACACGGCAUUCGUAAGGGUUAGGGAAAUUAUUUCACGUUGUCAAGAAAUUGUAAAAAUGACUAUGGAUCUAAAAAUAUGGUUCACAUAUUACCUGCAGUAUCAAUGCAGUGCUAUAAGGAUGAAAACUAGACAAUCCAACUGUCCAAGAAAAUAGGAAGUGUUAGAGAAUGCAAAGUUUCCCUUUUAUACAUGAUCAAAUGCCCGUCAUACAUUCAAGACCUUCCCCAACCUUGCCUCCGAACACCAGCAGACCUCGUUCAGAAUGAUGUUUAGGAGCAGUCUAACCACGCUUACCUUUAUGUACAAAUCGAAACGAAUUUGAGUUAAAUUUUAGUCAAAUUUGCCCCCGAACACACCCCCCAAAAACUGCUGACUAGUAGCCUACCUCGCCGAACACCAGCCAACUUUACUUCAACCUACUCCUUUGGUUGGGGGGCGUUCAGCUAGUGUUCAGGAGGCCAAAUUCGUGACGGGCUUUAAGGUAGUCUUUAAGCACCAAAUUUGCAUUGGUUUUGGUAUUAAACGGCAAGGAAAAGGUUCAAAUUACGGUUGUACUGUUGAUUUGAAAACUAGUUUUUUUUACUGUACACAAUUGAUGCAUGCCUUGAUAUUUUUUGUGUGAUUUUGUGCAACCCAACAUACAUGUGUAAUGUUCAACUUUGUUUAUGUAAAGGAGAAUAAAUAUCGGAACAU